GGCUUUUGCUUCUACAUAAACUCCUGUGCACCCUGCAUGUCGCUGCAAGACACUGUCGUUACGUCCACCAGCAAUUGGCGUCACUAACGCCGCCCUCGCCAUGACAGAAUACCGUCACGUUUACUCAGACCGUGGACGUCUGCGCUAUAUACCCGAACACCUACCAGAACCCUCACGACUUCGACGUGGUCUCUUCCAAGGACGCCCUCGCCGACCGCACCGCAUCCACAUCGCACACGUCGCACCCGACCCAACACUCACUCGCCGCCUAAAGCGAGAAACGACUAGCAAGUCGUACUUCACAGAAAAGCUGGCGGGCCCUCGUGAGAACGCUAAACGCUAUCUGCGUAACCUACUCGACAAGCAAUUCGCUACGCCCUCAGAACCUACAGACGUCGUUCUGCCGGCGUCGUCUACCAACAGCAAUCGCACUUCAAUUGCCUCUUUCCCCGAGAGCAGGCUCUCCACAGCACCCAGCGACAUGCGUUCCACACAAAGAGCUUCAGGCGCAGUUGGCUCGUUUGGGCAAAUGUCGACACAAGCACACAUCGACAUGUCUCGACCGUCGUUAUCAGACUCACACUUCUCGUCUGGAAGAUCUUCGGCGAAAAGUGCGAUCAGCAGCAUAACAAAGCUGCCAGAAGAGAAGCCAGUGGCAUCAGGAGGUGGUGUGAGCGUCAAUAUUGCGCUCACAGAACCUGUUCUGUUCCUCCAAGGUUUCGAACAAGCUGAGCACGCCGAGCGAAGCACUGCAAUGCUUCGUGGAUCUUUGAUUCUGAAAGUCACCAAGCCCACAAAGCUCAAGGCUAUCACACUGAAAUUCAGAGGGAAGGCUAUCACGAAGUGGCCCGAAGGCAUUCCUCCCAAGAAGGUCGAUUUCGAGGAAGUUGACAUCCUCAUGAACCACACCUGGCCAUUCUUCAACGCCCAGUUCCCUACCGCAGAGAGCGGCACUGGCGCAGACCGUGUCGAGCUCUAUAAGAGCGGUGGCGGUCUUGGUUCUUCACCAAAUGCCUCCUCUACAAACCUCACAACGAAAGAGGCGAAGAGACUAUCUCUCCAGGUGAACCACUCACGCAGCUUUGGCAAGGGCGAGUCCCCAUCAGGUGGAGCAUCUGUAGCACAGAAAGGAUACAGGACGUUCAAUGCUGGUGAGUAUAUGUACAACUUCGAGCUCCCACUCGACAGCCAUCUCCCAGAGACCAUCGACGUCGACCUUGGCUCCGUCAAGUACGAGAUGGAGGCUACAGUCGAGCGAGCUGGAGCAUUCCGCACCAACCUGCUUGGCACCAAGGAGGUCGUCCUCGUCCGCACACCAUCAGAAGGCUCGCUGGAACAAGUUGAGCCGAUCGCCAUCAGCCGAAGUUGGGAAGACCAGCUGCACUACGACAUUGUCAUCUCUGGAAAGUCGUUCCCAUUGGGUGCUCAAGUUCCCAUUGCAUUCAAGCUCACACCGCUAGCGAAGGUGCAAUGCCAUCGAAUCAAGGUUUUUGUCACGGAAAACGUCGAGUACUUCUGCAACCAGAAGCGAGUGCACCGCAUGGAGCCUGUACGAAAAGUGCAGCUAUUCGAGAAGCGAGCCGACGGACCACCCACAAGCACAUUCCCCGGUAGCACAAUGCGGAUAGUAUCAGGCGGCGGUGUGCCAUACGAUCAAAGAGCUGCGGCUGCACGAGGCGAAGACGUGCAAGUACAAGAUCCGGGGAACCUACUUGGUGACCUUAACGGGGAAGGUAACAUUGGACCCACAGAGAUGGAAUUUAACGUACAACUGCCAAGCUGUCACAACAUGCGGGAGAAGGACAAGCAAUCUCGGCUACACUUUGAUACCACAUACCAGAACAUCCAGGUACACCACUGGAUAAAGUUGGUCAUGCGCCUCUCAAAACCCGACAAGGCGGACCCAACGAAGAGACGGCACUUCGAGAUCUCAAUCGACUCGCCCUUCCACAUCCUCUCUUGUCAGGCUACACAGGCAAACACAGCACUACCAGCAUACUCAUCACCUGAGCCAAUAAUUAGUAACGCACGGGUACCCGAGUGCGGCUGUCCAAAUGCUCCCACCCGACGCACGUCUCCGACUGGCCGGGUUCCAACAUUAAGCUCAAUAAAUCGUUCGAGAGGCAACUCGAAUGCAACUAUAUCAACACCCAUGCCCACCCUCGCACGACCACAAGCAGCACACAUUGGCGGUCCAGCCGACAAUGCUGUACAACGACCCAUCCACCUCCUUCGCGUACCAUCUUUCGCACCACCAGAGUUCUCGGAAGAAGAGCCACCGCCACCUCUCGAGACACCACCACCGCUAUACGAAUCCAUCGCAUCGCCAACAAGCGGACUCGCAGACUACUUCGCACGUCUGUCAGACGCGUACGAUGACGACAGCGAGGGCGAGCACGCGGACCACCGCCGUGUUGAGAUCCCUCUGACCCCCGGUGGACGCACAGCCAGAAGCAUGGACGAGAGGAGAAUGUGGCUUCCCGUCGGACACUAGUCUCUACCACAAAAACAACAAGAGCACGAACCACGCAUGAUUACGAUGACGACAUGAGAUAUGGAUUUGGCCUGCAUGUACCGGCUGAUUUUCAGGCGUUAUUUGAACCGGAAAGGGGAUCAUAGGGCUCGUAAUUUCUUAUGUUUAUUUUCUUUUGUCAAAUCUUUCAACCAGUCACAUCUAUCUAUCUAGGCAUCUGGGUCUUCCUGGUGGCAUUUAUCUACUGUUCUAAUUUUCGGUGUAUAUGGGGAUCGAAGGGAGUGGCGGGGCACAAACAGAAGCAUGGCAUACUAUACAAUGACCACAUAGCUAUCAGGCACGCGAUACGAUACCAAUGUACAUAUGAACCUCAACCAUGAUUCGCAC